AUGAUCGGCCUGACCCCUGGGACAGCUCGCGUGUCUCAGCCCGCCCCCACCGCCAGAUUAUGGGCAAAGAGAAGGCACGGACGGGAGCUGCCACAGGCCGGAGAAGACUGUUGGUGUCAGUUCCAGGACCACGUCACUGGCCUGGAGCAGGCAUGGAGAGCCUCUGUUUGUUUGGACAAGAAGUUGGCUGACUCCCGAACCUGCUGCAAUGGUCGGCCUGUGGACAGAGACAACAUGUGCAAGUGUAACCUCCACGCCAACAGCUGCGUGUUCGACAAGGGGAAGCUGGGCUGCGAGUGUGAACACAACACCACGGGCCCCGACUGCAGCCGCUGUAAGAGGCACUACCACGGGAGGGCCUGGAGUGUGGGCUCCUACCUGCCCAUCCCCAAAGGGACCGCCAAUAUAUGUAUUCCCAGUAAUCAUGGACCAGUGCAUCGGGGUAAUGCUUCGUCUCUCGGUGUUGCAAAUCGAAACCAAGCUCGAGUUUGUGACAACGCCAUGCUCCGCUGUCAGAACGGAGGUACGUGUCACCACCACCAGCGCUGCCUCUGCUCUCCAGGCUUCACCGGCAUUCUGUGCGAGCGCUCCCGAUGCCAAGGCCCAGGAGAAUGCGACGACAAGCUCUCCGGACGCGCCUUUACCCAUCAUGCACCACGCCUCGCCCCCAUCCUCUUAGCGCCGCUGCUAGCGAUCGCUUUCCUUUGCUGA